AUGGGUUGUACAUUCACGAAGGUCAGGGACCCGCGGUCGCGUGCUGAUGACGCGAAAAUUUCGGAAGUCCUUAGCAAGAGUUCUCGUUCUAUGAACUCAGAAAGGGAUCUGGAGAACUACAUUUCACCAGCGACGAGGGAUGUUGUAGAAAAAUGUCAGUUAGCUCUGUCUAUGACAGAUACAGAGAAUGAUGACGUAAUAAGUCUACAUAUGUAUCCCCCAACUAACAUGGAGGAAUAUUCGGAAUCACAGAGCGUAGCCGUCGAAAGCGAAAUAGAUAUCCCAUUCUACCGGGACGAAACACCAGAUUUGACACAAGAUGUAUCGAGCAGUGACACAUCAACCAAAAUGGAGAGCAGUCGAUUUUCUUCCAGCCUUUCAUCACGACUAUCAAAUUUCUUCCGAGGGAUAAAGCGAAGCAAACAAGAUCUUCAAGAAGAAGUGUCACGAGAUGACGAGUAUGGAAGUGAAUACGAAAGUGGAGAUGACAGAUCAUCAAGUGGAUGGAAGAGAACGCCUACACCUUCGCGUCAUGACAUGAAGAAAGCCAUAUUGCAAAGAACAAACAGCAGAUUGUCUGACUUAUCACAAAUGAUGGCUUGCAGACGAGGGAUUGGUGAGUACCAGGCAAUGACACUGAUUCACGACAUUUUGGAAAAAAACGAAAUGUCGGAAUUAGAGAUAGAUGACGACGGCAGGUCGUCUUCUUCAAGCAGUGACGAUUCUAUUUUCCCUCCUCCAUUCAACUUCCGGGUCUUUGCCAGACCAAAUGCCGCAAGAGGAACCAGGACAGUUGCGCGCGCUGCACCAGAUCCAGCAGAAAUUGCCCACAACAUUGUAGAAUUCGAGGCGGAAGUAGAGAAACUAAUUGAUAAGCAUGCUGUAGCGACCAGGGAUUUCCGAAACAGGCAACUUCGACCAGGGGGUGCACGUGGUCCUCGCCUACCGUCAUUCAGCCUCCAGUUCCAGGAUCCAGGAACAAGCACGAGAUCCGAGACGGUGAAUGAUAACAGAUACAGCAAACAUUUCACUAACACCGUGAGUCGUCCACAGCUGACUGUGCAAGGACUCACAGCAACAGACGACCGACUCACGCAAUGGAUGGUCAGUCAACAGAGGAGGGACUCCGAACGGCGAUACAGUAACAGUGAGCUUAAUAUUUUACUAAUUAAAUUAAGGCAGACCCGGAAAGAAAGCUUCAGAUGA